UGUAUAUGUCUGUACCCCCCCCUGCUGGCUCAACUAAUGUAGUGAUUUGUUUCUGAAAGCUGAAAUAUUUCAUCAAACUCCAAUAUCACAUCCUAACAAUGCUUUUUUUGGUUAACCAUUAUGACAAAAACAAAUCAUUGGCCUGUUCAUUGGCCGUAACAUGAGUGUGUGGGUCGGUCUGUUCAGAGACAGCUGGAGGUGGUCAGAUGGGAGUGAUUUCUCUUUCAGAUACUGGGAUAUGCAGUUAUUCAAUGAUGAACAAAGCAACAAGACAUGUGCUAUGACUCUGUUAAACAGAUCAGGAAAAUGGAGCUCUGAUGAAUGUGACAAAGAAAAACCCUUCUUCUGUCAUGAUGAUAAAUUGAUCCUGAUCAAAGAAAACAAGACCUGGGAGGAGGCCUUGGAUUACUGCAGAACAUUUCACAGGGACCUGGUUUCCAUCACUAACCCUCAAGAACAGGGAUGGGUGCAAGACAAAGCAAGCAACGCCUCGAGUCCUUUUGUCUGGCUCGGCCUGCGCUACUCCUGCACUCUGGAUCUGUGGUUCUGGGUCAAUGAUCAGCUGGUCUGCUCUGAGAAGUGGGGCAAAAAUGGAAUGACUGAAGAGUGUGACGUGGCUGUGGGCAUGCAGAGUGGAGGACAGUAUGAGUGGUUCAGUCAGACAGACAAUGAGAUAUUUAAUUUUGUUUGUUUCAAAUAAGACUCCAUUUAUUACAGACUUCAUUCUGGAGUGAAUUUUUUGAUUUUGUAGUUUUCCGCUGUGUGAGUUUUUGGUGAUGGG